AUGCAGGCCCAGAGCUUGCUCCUGCUCCCCAUGGCCUUUCUCCUAUGCCCCGGGGCUUGGGCUGGUGAGAUCAUUGGAGGAAAAAAUGCCAAGCCCCACUCCAGACCCUACAUGGCCUAUCUGGAAAUACAGCGCAAAGAGAAGACCUAUAUCUGUGGAGGGUUCCUGGUGUCGGAGAACUUCGUGCUGACGGCCGCUCACUGCAAUGGAGACGAGAUCACUGUCAAGCUGGGAGCCCAUAACAUUAGUGAACAGGAACGGAGCCAACAAGAGAUCCCCGUGUGCCACCAGAUCCUCCACCCACAAUAUGACAAUGAGACCACUAACAAUGACAUCAUGCUGCUGCAGCUGGCAGAGACAGUGAAGCUGAAUAAAUGGCUGAAAACCAUCCCCCUGCCACGCACCAACAAGAGAGUGAAGCCAGGGACCAAAUGCAGCGUUGCCGGCUGGGGCCGCACCAGCAGACAGAGUAAAUCAGCCCCAGUCACCACACUCCAGGAGGCGAAUUUGAAGGUGCUGGAGGAUGACGUGUGUCUGAAAAAUCCUGACGUGACCUACUAUGACUAUGAUGCUUUCACCAUGAUGUGUGUGGGCGAUCUGAAGAAGGGCAAAGCCUCUUUUAUGGGCGACUCUGGGGGCCCCCUGGUGUGUGGGAAAAGAGCCCAGGGCAUCGUUUCCUGGGGAUCCCAAAAGAGCGCCUCCCCUGGAGUGUACACCAGAGUCUCCACCUUCAUCCCCUGGAUAGAGGAGAUGAUGAGGACGCUGGAGCCCUGAGCAGAGCCGGGAAUCACUGCACGGGCCAGAGCUGCACCACUUCUGUCCUUUGGAGAGGCCCAGACAUAGGGCCUGCUUUGCAGAGGGGUGGAGCCCCUCUAAACUGAGCCCCUCCCCCAGCCUUUGUUACCCUCAGGCAGCCCCCAUCCCAUGAGCAUCAAGGUAGGGAGCUUAGGGGAGUUAGAAGCUAGGUUUGAGGCCAGCUCCCGUCAGCUUCCUUGGAAAUCCCAACCCUUAGAUGACCUCUUUGCUGGGGAAACAGCUGGGUUAUUUCCUCCCAGGUAACAGACUCGAGUUGAACCCUGGACUCAAUGGUUGGUAGCUCUCCUCCAUGUCAGCCUUUCCCAUGGGUUUGUUCCUCCUGUGUGGCCACCUGCUGUUCCAGACACACCUGUUCCUGGUGCCAGCAAUGACAGUGGGAAGGCAACACAGCGACGGCUACGUUGAACUGAUCGCAGAUCAAACAUUAGCGCUGAUCCUCCCCUUCCCACUUCCCCUGCCCUGCUGAGUGGCCUGCUGCAUUUCGC